AUGAAAGUUACUGUAGAACAGUUGCAGCAGGAGCUAGAAAAGCAAGGGCUAAUGGAUCUUGUUGAGAAGCACAGGGGAGCAGAGGAGGUCCCUCACCUCCUCAAUCGCUUUCUUGUCGCGAGGAAGCACAAGCUGAAGGACGCAAUGAAGAUGAUCAGGCAAGACCUGGAGUGGAGGGAGACAGAGAAAGUGCUAGAGAUUAGGAAUCGAACGUCAAGGGAAGUGCUCAACGCAGAGAUCAAUCCUCAAGGGAAACAGCUUCACGAUGAGCUCUUUCCGCACGGAUUUCUCGGCACCUGCAGGAUGGGGAGGCCAGUCCUGUACCUCCGGUUCGGCAGGGACUUCGAUGCGGAGAAGCUGGAUAAGAACGCGCAUCUCACACACGAAGACUUGGCGAGAUACAACAUCUGGAUGAUGGAGAGGGUUGCUGCCAAGAUGAACUUCGAGGGCCAGUGGGUGGUCGUGGUUGACCUGGAAGGAUGGCAUCUAGGUCAGAUGACAAUCCGAAACAUGAAGUACGUGAAGCAAUUCGCGGACAAGAACUCCCUGCACUAUCCCGAGAGGGCAGGAAAGAUUUUCCUCAUCAAUGUUCCUUCUGUCUUCUCCAAGUGCUGGAGUCUGAUGAAGCCAUGGCUGGACGAUGUGACAAGAGAGAAGAUAGGAUUGUACCGCUCGCCGGAACAGUGGAUCCCUGCUAUUAGCGAACUAAUGGACUUGUCCAUGCUGCCCAAGCGGGUCGGAGGGAAUGCGAAUCUCGAGUACGACAGCCACUCUCUUGACCCCUCAGAUAGCGAGUACAGGACAGUGACAGCUUAG